UUGGAAUUUUCGGAAGUGCUCGAAGUGUAUUCUGUUUAUCUCAUUUUUUCUCAGAAUAUUGACUCUCUGGAAUUCCUCACUGGUAUCCCUGAAGAUAAAAUAGUUACUGCACAUGGUAAUCAUCGUACUGGCACUUGCAUUGGUUGUCAAACGAAGUAUGAUAUGCGGUGGAUGACAGAACGCCUCAGGGAUGAAACAUGCAAAGUGCCUAGUUGCGAAAACUGUCAGAAAGUGGUUAAACCAGACAUCGUUUUCUUCAAUGAAGAUCUGCCUACAGAUUUCUUCCAAAGUGCUAUCGCGGACUUCCCCAAAUGCGAUCUGCUAUUGAUUCUGGGCACUGCAUUAGUCGUACAGCCAUUUGCCAGUAUGAUUGAUGGGAAUAUUGACUCUCUGGAAUUCCUCACUGGUAUCCCUGAAGACAAAAUAGUUACUGCACAUGGUAAUCAUCGUACUGGCACCUGCGUUGGUUGUCAAACGAAGUAUGAUAUGCGGUGGAUGACAGGUGCAUGA